AUGGUCCUCGAAUUUGCCGAUGACGUCUGCCUGCUUGCAGAUUCUCCAUCCGAGCUACAGGGAAUGUUGGAAAGCAUUGAAGACCAGUUUGCCCAAAUAGGUCUCACCCUGAAUCCUGUGAAAUCGGUCGCGUUCCAUCUGCGGGGGAGAUCACCUGUUGGUCUCCUACCCUCCCCUUUCACUGUUGGCGGUAACAGGCUGAAGGCAGUGAGUGAAGGGGAGCUUCACAGGUUCUUGGGGAGGUCUGUUGGUUUUAAUGCCUGUCCGAACUAUUCCAAAUUGAACGACCUUUCGAAACUCGGAGCAAACAUCCUAUCUUCUGCUCUUGCUCCCUGGCAGAGGCUUGACGCCCUGAAGUGUUUCUUCUUUCCGGCACUUCAGUUCCCCAUGAGGACCUCCCAAUUCAAGAAAACUGAAUGGGAGGAAAUCGACAGAGCGCUGAGGGGGGAGAUAAAAAGCACUUUAGGGCUACCCGAGAUUGCAGCAAACGAAUAUCUGUUCGGACAUAGGAAGAGCGGUUCGUGUGGGCUGCCUGUCGCUGCCGAGGAGUCCGACUUGAACCGUAUCGACACGGCUUUCAAUAUACUAACAUCAAAGGAUCCUCAGGUUGCCGAGCUUGCAAUGAACGACCUCGGAGCGACAGUCCGGGCUCGUCUUCGAAAACCAUUGGCAAAUGACGAGGAUUUGGGCUCCUUCCUGUCUGGGACCAGCGUCGUUGAGGUCUUCGACAUCUCCAACAUUUGGGCGUGUGCCAGGAAAGCUUCCAAGAGGCUACGGGUAACCUGGGAGUUCAAUAACAGCGUCCCCAGGUUACUUUAUGAAGAUCUUACCAUCAAGCCAAUUGGAAGAAGGAAAGUCAUCUUCUCGAUCCGGGACAGGCUCCGGAUGGCCAGGUCUGGGAGGCUCCUUUCCAAACCUGAUCAGGCGAAGGCCAUGGAAUGUGUCGCCCAGUCAGCAGCUAGUUCUCAUUUCAUUACUGACGGUGCAUAUACUAGGUUCGCUGACUGGAGGUUCAUACAUAAGGCGAGGCUGAAUCUAAUCCCCCUGAAGGACACCCAGGCCUGGAAGACAGGGAAUAAUCGGGCGUUCAGGAGGUGCGAUCAAGCCGACCUUGAAACCCUCCCUCAUGUCCUUAAUCACUGCAAGGGGAGGUCUAGGGGUUGGCAACUUCGCCAAAACAACAUCGUGGAAAGAAUUAAGAGAGCCCUCAUUCCAAGGAACAUGCUCGUCUCUGAAAACCAGAGUAUUGGUACGGAUGGCCUGCGCGCGGAUCUUGUAUUCAAAAAUGGAAAGAAGAUCUACAUCAUUGACGUCACUUGUCCAUUUGAAAACCGGAUGAGUGCUUUUGAGGAGGCAAGACAGAGGAAACUGGAUAAAUACGCCUCGCUUGCUUCCCAUUUCACGAGUCAGGGAUUCGUGGCAAGUGUCGUCUCCAUUCUUGUCGGCUCACUGGGUGUUUUUGACCAAAACAACGACGUCUCACUGAGGAAAUUUAUGUCGAAAGGAUACCUGCAUAAAUUCAGGAAGCUUCGUGUCAGUGGGGCGAUCAAGUGGUCCAGGGACAUCUACGUUGAGCACAUCACUGACCACCGCCAAUUUGAGGAAAACUCUGGGCCACUUGAAGCCCUUGUGCCUGGUGAGCCCGAAAUCGACGUCGACAACUUCCAGCGGUAA